UAAAAUAAAAUCUUUAGUUCUUUGGUGCCUUUCUCUGACUCUCAAGGGGCAACCCUGUAUUAGCUCUUGCUUUUGACUCUUUCUUUUCACAUCCUCGGUUUGCUUCAAUGGCUGAACCUGGUUCAGCACUCACCAAUAGGAUGUGUGCGGUCCCUGAGCGCACCAAGCUGCAAAUAGCCAUGACAAUCUUUCAGUUUGGAUAUGCAGGGAACCAUGUCAUUUUAAGAGCUGCACUUAACAUGGGCAUAAGCAAGCUUGUUUUCCCUGUUUACAGGAAUAUCACUGCACUGCUUCUGCUGGCUCCCGUUGCUUAUUUCCUAGAGAAGUAUGUGGUUAAGCUAAGUUGUGAGUGUUUUCAUGAAUUUUUCAAUUGCUUUUAUGUUGGUUUUUGUCGCAGGAAAGACAGGCCAGCACUGACCACUUCUUUUCUAAUACAAUUCUUCAUCCUUGGAUUUGUUGGAAUAGCAUCAAAUCAAGGAUUCUACCUAUUAGGUUUGGAUAAUACCUCACCCACAUUCGCUUCUGCUACAGAGAAUGCCGUGCCUGCUGUGACCUUUACCUUGGCUACCUUACUCAGAUUAGAGCAGGUUCACUUGAGCAGGAAAGAUGGCAUAGCUAAGGUAGUUGGCUCUCUAACUUCCUCUAUUGGAGCUUCAGUCAUAACCCUCUACAAGGGACCAUCCAUUUACAGGCCAAAUUCAUCUCCAGACCAAACACAGUUAUUGUUCUCAUUAGGAGAUGCCAAUGUAAAGAAUUGGACCUUGGGUUGUAUAUCUUGCUUUGGCCAUUGCUUGUGUUGGUCCAGCUGGAUAGUAUUACAAGCAAUCUUCUUGAAGAAAUACCCUGCUCCAUUCUCAGUUUAUUCGUUUACUUGCUUCUUUGGCAUCCUGCAAUUGUUGGCAGUUGCAGCCUAUAUUGAGAGAGAUCCUCAGACAUGGCAGGUUCACUCUGGUGGUGAACUCUUCAGCAUUCUUUAUUCGGGAUUGGUUGUUUCAGGGAUUGGAUUUGCAAUUCAAAUAUGGGUCAUACAGAGGGGUGGUCCAGUUUUUGUUUCAGGAUAUCUGCCUGUGCAGACUAUGCUCGUAGCUUUAAUGGCGUCCGUUGUUUUAGGUGAAGAAUUCUACUUGGGAGGACUCAUUGGAGCUACGCUAAUUAUUGCCGGAUUGUAUCUGGUCGUUUGGGGGAAAAUUGAAGAGAGUAAGUUUGCCACCACAAAAGCUGCUACUUCCUCUAUGUCCGAAAACAAUCAGGCAGGUAGUAUGGGCAAACCCUCUCUGCUUCAAGCUUUACUUACUGGCUUCAGUGAAUAAUGAAUUUAGAAGACGUAUAAAAGGAAUUGCAGAAUAAAACUUGUCAAGAAAAGGAAUUCUUGAGAAUGUGCACAGAAGCUCGCAGCUCUACACUCAAUAGGUCAUAAUUAAAGUGACCAGAUUAAGAGCGGGUUCUCCAAAUGAAGUGACUAAUUUUGGGAAUUCUCAGAGAAAAUGAGAUAGAAGUAAAAGUGGAGCCAAUGGAUUUCAAUCAGUGUGAAAGACAAAGAAAUCCUCACAGGUAGCAAAGCUUUGACAAAAUAAUAAGUUGUGUUAUACUUCUCUACUCAUGUCUUGUCAUACGAAAUGAAUCUCAUUCUCUAACUUUGAUUGACAAGCUACUCAAAUUUCAAGGAAUUAGCCUUUUUGGCUUUGGUAUACCAGAACUGGAAAUGAACUUAAGCUUUUACCA